CUGUAGCUGUUGAACCAGUUUUCAUUGAUGAAGUGAUUGGUUAGUAAUUUGAUCAGAUUCUACAGAUUUUCAUUAAUGAAGUUUAGUUAUCCAACGUUUUGUCUGAUUGAUCAUAGUUUUUUUCCUUGAUAAUCUAAUUAUGGUGGGUGAUGUGUUGGUUGAUAUUAAUUUACCGUAUGAAUUCAAAGUGCUUAUUUAGUCUUUCAUGAGAAUUCACAACAUCCACUGUUGCUGAAACUCUCUCAAUUUCCAGGAUUGUUUUAAGAGUUCAUCAAUCAGUUUGAGAUAUGGCAGGUGCUAUUGUGUCCUUAGCUGUGGAAAGAAUUUCAGAUUUGCUCAUCCAUGAAGCAGUUUUUCUCAAAGAUGUGAAAGAUCAAGUUGAGAGCCUAAAGGCUGAACUGAAGCGUAUGGAGUGCUUCUUGAAGGACGCUGAUCGUAACCCAGACCAAGACGAGCGUUUCUGCAAUCGGGUGUCGGAGAUCAGAGAUCUUGCUUACGAUGCUGAAGAUGUUAUCGACUCCUUCAUUCUUGAAUGUGCACAUCAAGGAGGAUUUCAAGGAAUCGUCAAGAGAUUCACCUCCAUUUUCACCAAGCCUUUUCAUUUGCACAAAAUAGGGGUGCAGGUCAAAGUAAUCCAGAUUAAGCUUAAAAACAUUUCCAAGAGUCUUCCGGCCUAUGAGAUAUCCGGUGAAGGAGAGGGGUCUAGCUCUAUUUCUAGGGUGCAACAACGGUUAAGGAGGACAUUCUCGCAUGUUGAGGAAGAGGAUGUCAUUAGCUUGGGGGUUAGCAUCAAGGAUGUCCUAGCCCAAUUGAUGACUGAAGAUGACAGACCCCACGCCGUCGUCUCAAUAGUUGGCAUGGGGGGCAUCGGAAAGACUACUCUAGCCAGAACAGUAUAUAAACACAUUUAUGUGAGACGACAUUUCGAUUGCUUAGCUUGGGUUUCUAUAUCUCAACAAUGUAAGCCAAGAGAAGUUUUGCUUGAUGUCCUGAUGAAAGUUCAACAUGAAAGAGCAUCAAUUGAUAAUCUAAAUGAGAAUCAAUUGGUUAAAAGACUUUCAAAUGUUUUGAAAGAAAAGCAGUAUUUGAUAGUCUUCGAUGAUAUCUGGAGAAGUGAAGAUUGGGAUAUUCUUAAACCCGCUUUUCCACGAGGAAAAAAAGGAAGCAAAUUUUUGUUCACAACACGCAAUAAGAAUGUAGCUAUAGUUGCUGAUCCUUGCAACUCUCCGAUAGAGCUCCCAUUUCUUACAGAUGAUGAAAGUUGGAAGCUUUUUAGAAGCAAAGCAUUCCCUCGAAACAAGAUAGGUUCUCAUGCCUGCUUGGAAGAAUUUGAGAAAUUCGGGAGACAGAUGGUGAAGAAAUGUGGGGGCUUGCCUCUAGCAAUUGUUGUGUUGGGGGGCUUGCUAGCAACAAAACACUCAUUGGUCCAGUGGGAGAUGGUUCACAGAAAUAUCUUCAAUGGACACUUAAGAGGGUUCCAACAUGAUCAUCAAUAUGAUGCAGUGCAUGGAAUUUUGGCUUUAAGCUACAACGAUUUGCCUUACCAUUUAAAGCCAUGCUUUCUAUAUCUUAGUCAUUAUCCAGAAGAUUGGGAGAUAUCAAAGAAGGAACUUAUUCAAUUAUGGAUUGCUGAAGGUUUCAUUCCACCAUCAUUAGAAAGCACCGAAAUAUUAAUGGAGGAUAUAGGCGAACAAUUCUUAGAAGAGCUCAUAAAUAGAAGUUUGGUUCAAGUUGUUAAGCGGGACUAUACAGGAAUAAAUGUGAAAACAUGUCGGAUGCAUGACCUCUUGAGGGACUUAUGUAUAGAGAAAGCAAGAGAGGAGAAAUUCUUGGAAAUUAUUCAGCCACCAUUGACUGAAUUUAAUGUGACAUUGGAGAAAUUUAUGCUACGAAGAAUUGCUAUUCAUCCUAGCAAAAGGCAUGUUUCUUUGAAAGGAGAACAUCUAAAGCUACGUUCUUUGUUGCUAUUUCAGAAUGCGGAAUUGAUAAAACUCCACAUUUCAGAAUGCAAAAACUUCAAGUUUUUAAGGGUGUUGAAUCUUGUGAGAAGGGAUGUCGACAAAUGGCAUGUUUCAUCUGAAAUUGGUAAUCUCCAUCAUUUGAGGUACCUGAAGAUGCAAGGUAAUCAAAUCAUCUUACCCCACACCAUUGGCCAGUUGAAGAGUUUACACACUCUAUAUCUCCAAUGGGGGUCAAAAUUAGUAAUUCCUAAUGUUUUAUUCAAGUUAGAACGUUUAAGACAUAUUUUACUAUAUGCUCGAGGCUCUAAGUCGUGGAUGAAAGAAGCAUUGCAAUGGCGGUCGAGGUUUUGUUCAAACAAUGUUCAAACGUUGAAGUAUAUAGUGGUGGACAGGAAGUUAAUUGAAAACAAUAUGGUGCUUAGGUUGACUAAUAUUCAACGUUUAGGAUUAGUAUUUAAUAGACGGAAAGAUGUGAAGCCUAUCUUAAUGUUGCUGAUUAAAUUGCAUCGUCUUAGGUCAUUGUACAUGGAGUUUUAUUUGGGUCCAAUCGCAAUAUCUUCUUCAGAUUUGGAACUCCUUUCUCAAUGUCAUCACCUUUCUAAACUAGAAUUAAGAGGAGAGAUAAAAGAAGAUCUAUGUCCGAGCCAUCAUGUUUCGAAAUUUCUUCCGCCAAACAUUGUCAAGUUAACAUUGUGUUCCUCCAAGAUGAUUCAUGAUCCAAUGGGAGUAUUGAAAAAGCUGCCUUGUUUGAGGAUUCUUAGAUUAAGGGAUAAUGCUUAUGUGGGGGCUAAAAUGGUUUGCUCUAUCCAUGGGUUUCCUCAACUUGAUUCUCUUGAAAUGAUUUCUCUACGAAAGUUGAAGGAGUGGGAGAUAGAAGAAGGCGCAAUGCCACGUCUUCGAAGUUUGUAUUUCAAUGACAUUUACAACUUGAAAAUGAUUCCAGAAGGGCUAAGGUAUAUUACCACUCUCCAAGAAUUAAAACUAACAGACAUGAGGAGGUCACUAGAAGAGAAGAUUCAAGUGAAAAAUGGAACAAAAGGAGAAGAUUUCUAUAAAGUGCGCCACAUUCCCUCCAUCCAAAUCCGGAACUCACUCUUCGUAAGGCACUAAGCGAAUUGGGAUGCACAUAGCCGAGAUAGGCAGCUGCUUUGUUGGAAGAACCACCACAGCUCCAUGAAAUUGAUAAUGGUGGGUGAUUUGAGUGUCUUUAUAAACAGUUUCCUUUGCAUGUAAUCGUGGUGUGUGGGUCAUCUUUUGAUUGAGAUUUAAUCAACUGUUUCAAUUCAAAGUGCAUUGAAUGUUUACU